AUGGGCAGCGUUCCCAAACCGUUCAACCUCCCCGUAAACCACGUCGCUAUUUCGGUCCCAGACUUAGACGCAGCCAUAGCCUGGUAUUCGACCAUCCUGGGCUUCGUCCUCAUCAAACCUCCCCGAGUCUCCGACCGCGCCGUGACCCCCGACGCGGCCAUCUUCCAGAUCUACCCCGGAGACCUGCGCCGAGUGCGCAUCGCAUGGCUCAGCUCGGGCAACGGCGUCGGCGUCGAGCUGUUCGAGUUCCAGGACCCCCGAAUCCAGCCCGGCAACGAGGCCAGCUUCGAGCGUGACUACAACCGUGGCGGCUUGUUCCACAUGGCCGUCACCGUCCCGGAUGUCCAGGCAAUGACCGACAGGGUUGUCGCGAGCGGCGGGAGGAAGAUCGGGGCCGCCGUGACGGUGUUCCAGCACCGCGCGGCGUAUAUCCAGGACCCGUGGGGAAAUGUGGUUGAGCUGCUGGAGUGCUCCUUUGAGCAGUUGAUGUCAAACAGGACAUAA